AUGAAAACAGCUAGAGUUCUGUGUCUGCUUUUGGUAAUUAGUGGGCCUGCUUUUGGAUUAGAUAUUCAGAACUUCAAAAACUUAUAUAGUGAUGCGAAGUGUAGUGGUAGUGAUAUUCUUUUGUAUGGUAAUAAUGGCCAUUGGAUUAGCUUGCCCUGCCCUUCUGGGAGUUUUUGUCAUAAGUCUGGGGAUGGGUUGAUUUGUCGGCCUAAACGAGUUAGAACGAGCACGGUUACUAUUACUCUCUCUAGUGUAGCCACAAUGCCAGCUAGUUCAGUUAGUCCUACCGGGGCACCUAGUACUUCUUGGUCAGGAUUACCGCCUGGAAGUUCAGGUAUGAGUCCGCCCAGUCAGUCAACUGUUUCUGUUCCCGCUGAAAGUCUGCCAGAAACACCCACUACUGCAACAACUAGUGCUGUCAUGGCACCUACUCCCGGUCUAGCUACUAAUGAACUGAAUGUUCCCAACCAGCCAACCGGCCAAUCCGUCAAGAGCACUGAAUCAACUAUGAUGGCUCCAUCCUCACCUUCCACUAACUCACCUUCUACUAACUCACCAUCCACUACUACACCAUCUAAUAAUUCACCUUCUACUAUUACGCCAGCCAAUACUAAUUCAGCUACUAAUACAUCACCUAGCACUGAAACAUCCCCAGCAUCAAACAGCCCUUCAAAUCCUCCUCCUGCUAUUAUGCCAGCAACAAACAUGACAGCAAUGCCUCCAGCAACUAAUGGUACUUCUGAACCCAAUACUCCUCCCAGCCCUCCUUCCGACAAUCCAACUAAUGGCGGCCCCGCUACUAUUCCCGUGGCUACUAUUAAUGGAGAAGGUCAAGAUAUUAUUAUUGAAUACCGCCAAGGUGGACCGGGAGAUUUAAGCAUAGAUAGUAUUCCAACCAGUACUGGAUCUACUAAUACUGAUCAAUCUCUAUCACAAGGCACCCAAACCGAUCAACCUCCUCAAUCCACUCAAUCUACGCAAACAGGUACUACUCCUUCGCAAUCUACUCAGACAGAUCAGUCUCCUCAAUCUCCUCAAUCUACACAGUCUACUCAAACAGACCCCAUGGCUUCAAUGAUCGAUCUUCAAACUACUAAUCCCAAUGAAACUGUUAUUACUCUCAAUGAUAAGUCCCCUAAUACCUUCAUCCAACAACCUGGUAAAUAUACCAAAAAGAUCCUUGGUAAGCUCCAAGGCGUAUUCAGGAGCCCAAACUCCAAUCCUAGCACUACUCCCGGUGCAACCCCAGCCAAUCCCAUCAUCAAUAACAAUGCCACUGCUACUCCAGCCAAGAAACCUGCCGCACCAGCUGCCAAAUCAACUACACCCCCAGCUAAAUCCAAUACUACCAAUGCAAAAACAACCACUGGAGAUAACAAAAACACUACCAAUAAUUCCGGUAAAAAGACAUUAACAUUAGAUUUAAUCAAAGAAACCUUAAAGGCCGCCGGAUACAAUAACGGAUUCAAAGAAGACUUCGUUAACGAACUUAUUACACAAAUUAACAAGCAAAGCUGGUCUUCCAAUGAAGUAGCGAUGUUUUUGGCCCAAAUAUACCACGAGUCCGCCGGUCUCUCCGCCCUAGAAGAAAAAGCCUGUAUUAGCACGCCCUGUCCACAAUACAGUAAUGCCGAUAAGGCCAAUGGUCCAGUCGUUGCUAAACCGGGCAAAUACUACCACGGCCGGGGCUAUAUCCAACUUACUUGGCCCGGUAAUUACCAAGAGGCCAGCAAGCAGAUCUAUCAAAGUGAUCGCUUAUACGACACUCCAGAACAAGUCUCCCAAGAUAAAUCCGUAGCCGCCGCCGUCUCAAUCUGGUUCUGGAAUACCAAAGUAAUGAGCAACAAAGAUGUUCUUAACAAGUUCGGUCUUGCCACUAAAGCUAUUAACGGCCCAAUUGAGUGCAAGCCAGGUACACCCAAUCCUGCCGCGCAAAGGAGAUGGCAAAACUAUCAAGCUAUUGCUAAAAUACUUGCCGUCUCCCCACUAGCAGUAGAAUCCGGAUGUUACAAUUGA